AUGGCGACCACAAGGAGCCCCGUCAGCCCGCACCAGCUAAAGGAGUUCGACAGCGUCCGAGACUCCCUCGCCGACAUCAUCGGCCAGCUCCGUGACAUCGACCCGAGCCACUUGUCCUUCUCGCCGUUCCUGGACCUCGACACCCAGAUUUCCCUGGCGCCCGUCUCCGACAGCCCCGAAUCGUCUCUCGAGGAGCUGCAUUCUACUGAAGCAGAAGAAGAAGAAGAGGAAGAAGAGGAGGAGGAAGAAGGGAUGCCCUCUCCCAGCCCUCUCCCUGGGCAAGCCUUCCCAGACCCCCUGGGUCAACCCAGUCUUCCUCCGCUGCAGGAGGCAGCACAGGCCCCAGAAGGGAGCGGCGUGGGGCAGCCCCCCAUGCCUGGGGCCGACACUGCGGCCACCCGCUUGCCCAAAGAGACGUCUUUUUUGGACUCCGUCCAAGUCGUGCCACGGUGCCCCCUUCCCGAUCCAGAGCAAAGGUCAGAAGGCGGCCAAACCGGGACCCUCGCACCGACCCUCGAGCGCCAGCCCUGGCCGGAAGCGGGAGACGGCUCCUGCCCGGUUUUGCGCCACGGCUCGGGGGAGCUGACCUCCUGCUCGGGGGGCAGCGGGGGUUGCCAGGCCUGCUCCGGCGAGCACAUGAGAGCCGUGGCCUCGGCCUUUGUUGCCCUCCUCCUGGCUCCGUGGUUCCUCUAUAUAAGCUACUACUUCCUUCCGCUGCCGGACCCUGCCUGCCCGGAUCUUGCAAGCCGGGUCGCCUUGGCUCUACGUUGCCUGCCGGUCGCUGGGCUGCCUAUCCUCCUCGGCAUUGUUCUGAGAGCCUUUUCUGCCUUGUGCCUGGACAACCUCGGCCCCCUGGGAACUCGCUCCCGGCCCGUCCUGCUCCACCAGCUUUUCGUCGUGGGCUCCGUGGACCAGCUCUCCGUUUUUGCCCUCAACGUGGUGGUGACGGCGACUUUCCUCCCCCAGGAGCACCUGCGUCUCAUCCCGAUCCUCGUGGGGCUCUUUGCUGUUGGAAGGUGCUGCUACUGGGCCUGCCUGCACCUCUGCAGCAAUUACCGUGGAUUCGGGUUCGGCCUCUCCUUCUUCCCGACAGUCGCCAUGAGCAUCUACAACCUCUUCUGCCUCUACCACCUGGGCUUGGGGUUCCUGUUCGCAGCCUUGCCCGACGUCCGCAACACAUCCGCUCCGACGCUCGAACUGACGAUGCCCAAGAGAUGAGGGACGAGAUGCCUACAAAACU